AUGUCUUCCUUUUCAGCCUUGCAUUACAUUACUCUCUGCAUCCUCCUAACAACGGUGCCGAGAACUUGGACAGACGAGAGUGGUGACUACUUCCUCCAACAGCCGGUCAGUCAAUCAGUGACCCUCAACAGCACCUUCACCCUGGCCUGUCGCCUACGCGUGAGCCUGUUUCAAGACACCGGUCCAGGAGUUCAGAAACCCACCGUACAGUGGGUUCGCAAUAAAUUCGGCCUCGGAACCACAAGAGAGGACAUUCAAGAGGCUGGAAUGGAGGCCACCUCCAGCCGUUCUCGAUAUGACCUACCCUAUAACCUAGAUGAAGGUUUGAAACUGCAAGCUUGCAUUAACAAUUUACCAACUCAGACAGUUAAUUAG